AUGUCCGGCGAAGCGUGGCUCUACCUGUUGGCGGUGUUGAUCAACGCCGUCAACUUGUUUCUGCAGGUGUUCUUCACCAUUAUGUAUAGCGAUCUGGAAUGUGACUACAUCAACCCUAUUGACCUCUGCAACCGUCUCAACGCCUACAUUAUCCCCGAAGCCGCCGUCCAUGCCUUCCUUACCUUCUUGUUCGUAAUCAAUGGCUACUGGCUUGCGAUCUUGUUGAACCUGCCCCUGUUGGCAUUCAAUGCCAAGAAGAUUUACGAUAACGCGCACCUUUUGGAUGCGACCGAGAUCUUCCGCAAGCUCAACGUACACAAGAAGGAAUCUUUCAUCAAACUAGGUUUCCACCUUUUGAUGUUUUUCUUCUACUUGUACAGUAUGAUCGUUGCUUUGAUCCGCGACGAAUCUCAUUGA